AUGGAUCCAACUGAAACAGCCACAGGUAAAUUAAGUCAACUGCUAAAGCAGAUUGGAUGGCAAAACAAAUCGGUAACCGAGACACUUUUAUGCAGUGACCUUCAAGAUCAGGAUGGCAUAGGGACCUGGGUCUCUGCAAUGAUCAUGCUGUGUCAAGAACUUAGUGUGGUCCUCCGCCAACAUUUAGAACACGUUACAGGGACACUUCAAGCCACUUGCCAGCAACUGCAUGUUCUUGAGAAACAGAAACCUUGCAUCUGGAGACAAGAAAUUAAUGCUCUCAUUGAUUGCCUCAAGAAAAUAAGUGGAUAUUUGAGUCAUACUGUAAUACACCUUCGGAAAGAGGAAAAAGACAUAAUUAAUUUAUAUGCCAUGAAACAUGAAUAUAUACCCUUUGACACACAAAAUACCAUCCAAAAUAUCUUCGGCAGAACAAUUCUUUCUGAAAAAGGGAAAACAGAUUAUAUAGAAACAGCCCCUGGUUCCAGCCAACAAUUUCCUCAAAUUUCUCCCCUGAAGGAAAGUGAAAGUCAUAGUAUGAGCCAAAUCCAGAUACAAAAAACCAAGGAACUAAUGACUUCUGCAUUUAUGGAGAAAGAAAAUGUCUCAUCACUGGAUGAAAAUGUCAUGAGGCAAGAAAUGGAAUCUACUGAAACGUCCUCAGAAAAUAUGGCAGAUAAGGAUUGUAAACAAAUUGAGGAUGUUGUUGUGGAGAAAAAUGAUGCAAAGAGGGAAGAGAUUAAUGUGGUGAGAUCCAAUAAAGAACUUCCAGAAAGAGAAUUUCAAAGUAAUAUGAAGAGUAUGAAUGAAGAGAAGACUGUGUCUCUGAUGAAUGAUAUUGAUAAGAGAUAUGGGGGAAAUGUUCCUAAAAAUGAUUCAGAGAAUCUAAACCAAACAAAUCAUGUUCUGGAAAAGGAAUAUCUUGUUACUCCAGCUGAUGAGACCAGCCCCAAAGUAGCUUGUUCUGUUACUGCACCAUCAUCUAUUCUACAAAACCUGACCUGCCAGAUAACAAAUAGUCUUAGUUCUCUGGUGGUUGAUGAUUCUGAAGAACUGGUCAGCAAUGUCAUCACUGUUGAGUAUUCAGAUCAGGAGAAGAGAAUACCAUUUCCAAUCAGCAUCGCAAUCCCAUUUAGUGCACGCUACCGGGGGAAUUAUAGAGACAUCAUGGUGAAAGUGUCUGAUCGAGACCUUCAAUCAAGUUACAUCACCCCCAGUUCAUUAGAAGGAAGCCGAGGAAGUCAUAAGGGAACCUGGGCUGAAGUAAAGGUUUAUAAGCUUGGCAUCUUUUCUGUGGUAUCAUGCCUGAAGAAAGAAUCUUUCAUGGUUCCAAAGAAAGGACUUUCCCUAAAGCUGAGCAUGGACCCCAGAAUCUCCUUCAAUUACCCUUUAGGAGUUUUCAGCUCUUCAGUCCUUGUACAAUUAAAGGUCCAACCAAUUGAUCCUUCGCUAGUGUCAACAUUAAAAAUGAAACAAGAUCUUUAUAAUUCAAUCGUUUCAACUAGUCCUUUAAUUCAUCUCCAACACCCAGCAACACAUCCUUUCCAUAAAUCUGUCACCGUCGUAUUACCCUGUUCUCCAAAUACAGAAAGAAAAACUCACGGUGCCGAGACAGACCACAAAAGGACAGCCAGUGCUACUUCUAGAAAAUUUCCAACUUCCUACCCCGUUCGGGCCAAGAGUGCUUCUAUAAGAAAACCCGGGUCCAAUGUCAGUGAGUCCUUGAAACUGCUGGGUUUCAGAAGCAGAGAGGGAAGCUGGUUUGUCCUUGAUGAUGUUGUGGUGAGAAAUGUGCAGAGUGGAAUUGUAUCAUUCGAACUGCACGAACAUUUAGACAGAUUUCUUGUGCUUCGUCUUUCAUCCACCAUGGACAAUUCCCAUCUCGUCCUUUUCACAGAGUGUCUAGAGGAAGCUACCUUCAGUACCUUGGCUUCUAUAGUGUUAUAUCGGAAUAAAGAAAACCCUCAUAAAGCAAUUAUUUCACUAGUACCUUCUAAGGAUUUGAGCCAGGAGCUUCAGAGCCUGCAUAAGAGAGGAUUUAGUGGGCCUCCAGAACCAUCCCCGUUUUUCCAAAUGAGAGAAGGAGAACAGAUUAUUUUAAGGUUUAAUGGCAAUAUUUUUGCUUCAAGUAAUGGAAAAGAUUAUAGAAGAGACUUCAUGCUGAUUUUUCACUUACAAAGAAAGCCCAGCCUGGAACUCCAGCUCAAGGAGGUGGAUGAAUUUGGCAACUACAGUUCCCCUUAUUACAAGGGUACAGUUGCAGUUUACAAAGUGCCCAAAGAAAAAAUAGCCAAGAAUUUGAAGCAAUCACAUGUACUUAAUGACUUUGGACAUCAACUGCCUACUUGCAAAUUACCGUUGAAUUUACCAAAGCAUGAAAAACUAAUCAACCAUCCACAGAGCACUAAACGAAUGUCUACAGAUCCUUCAGAAGCCCUUUGGGAGAACUUGCUGUACUGGUUGGCUGAGGAACUGUCUGAAGAAAACGCAGCAUCCCUUGCUGCAUCCCUCCCUCUGCGGCGGAGCACCAUCCAGCUUGUCAAACUGAAGAAUCCUGAUAAUGUAACUGAACAGAUCUAUGAGUUUCUUUCCUUCUGGAAGAAAACUCUCCCAACAUCCGUGGAUAAACAACGACUUCUAUCUCGUCAUCUUCGAAAGACUGGCAGGAGCGAUCUUUCAGAGGAGCUUAAAUAUAAGUGGGAGAAUAAGAUAUUCUCAGAGUUUCAGUUGGGGUCAGAUACAGAGCAGUAAAAGCUUGCUUUUCUAUUUCUUUUCCCUUAGGGAAAAUGUUCAUGUAAAUCUUGGAGAGACUUUCUGUCAAAAUUAUAUUACCAGCUUCCAUGGGAUACAGUCCGGAGUUAAUUUAUUUGAUAGAUGGGCUAUUAAAAUCAAUUAUGACAAACAGACAGAAGGGCUAAUUAACAAUAAAAGGAAAUCCAUAGAUUUGAGCAUGUCUUCAUGGUUCAGCAGUUCAUUUUCUGUCAACUUAAUUCCCUCUGGUAUGCCCAACUUCACACUUUAGCCAGUGCUCCCCAUUUAUAUUUUGAUGAUCUUUGUUGUUUCCCUAGUACUGAAACGUAAAUGUCACAUUGACAUAUGACUCACUGUUUAGUCCCAUCAUGUGAAUGAAAUUGGUCAGCCCUGAGAUCCAAAUCCACUCCAACUUCCAUAAGACACAUAGACGCAGCUAAGAAUUAUAUAUAUUAUACCCUCUAGAUUCUAUGUUCUUGAUACCAAUAUUUAAAGAACAAGAAGUGACCCCAAACCCAAUUUUUGAUAGUUAUAAACACAGGAAAAAACCAAUUUUUGAUAUUUGUAAAUACGUGUAUAAAUCUAGACAUUUAGAAUUGAUAUUCAAUUAGAGUUAGGCUGAUCUCAAGCUCACUUUUUCAUUAUCUAUGUAAAAUAGGCUUGCAACAAAAUGAAUGACACCUGAAGGAUUCUAAGAGCCUUUAAAGCCAUUUAAGCAAAUCAGCCUCUAAAGUAUUUUGACACUAAAUGAUUUAUUAUUCCUUAUGUAGUAUUCAUGAGAUAAGCAUGGAAUAGUGGAUAGAACUGCUCUCAGAACCAGGAAGACCUGGUACAUACUGGUUGUGUGACCCCAGGCAAGUCACACUAAACUUUUUAGAGAUUUAGGAAGUUCUCAAGAUUAUAAAUUGUAGAGAUGUCGAUUUACAUGGGUAGAGACAAUUUUCUUAUUUGGGAGUUCCUUGUAUCAGUAUCAUAGGAUACUAUAUUAUUCCUAAAUAUAUGUCAUUAAGGACAAUAAAUCUCAUCUCUUCAUUAAAGGAGGUUCAUUACUUUCUACAUAGAAAAGCUACUUUGAAAUAUUUUGUUCGAGGGAUGGGAAUAAGCAUUUACAUAAUUACAAAGUACCAAACACUAUGUUUUUUAUGAAUAUUUUGUUGGAUUUUUUAAUGAAUAUUUUCUCAUUUGAUCCAUUUAACAACACUGGGAAGAAGGUGCUAUUGCUAUUUUCAUUUUAUCCCUGAAGAAACUGAGACAAAUAGAAGUGACAUAACUUGUCAGACCCACAAAGUUACUAUCUUCUUUGAAUUCAAGUUUUCCUGAUUAGGCUCAGUGUUCUAUACAAUGCACCAUCUAACUUUCAAGUACUAAAUACUUCGAAAAGUACAUUUUUGAGGACAGCUAGGUGGUUGAGUGGAUAGCCCCAGCCCCCAAAUCAGGAAGACCUGAGUUCAAAUCUGACCUCAGACACUUAACACUUUCUAGCUAUGUGACCCUAGGCAAGUCAUUUAACCCCAACUGCCUCAGGGGGAAAAAAAGUACAUAUUUGCAGUUUCUUUAAAAUAAUCGCUAAUUUAGACAAUCCCUGAGUCCCAUCAGUCUACAUUAGUGACAUUUUUUGAAGGCAAAGCGAUCUUAUCUUUUAUAAACUUUGUAAUUAACUCUAUACCCAUGGAUAUUCUACAUAAAUGUUUGUUGAGUAAAUAAAUGAUAA